CUUGCUUUAAACCCUUCUUUCACGAGGGAAAGCAUUGGGCCCAGUGUCGCUGAUUUUGUCUAUAUAAGAUAUAAAGAGCUAGCUGCGGAAAACAAGACACAAGAAACGUUGUAGCAUAUAUGAUGAUUAGAAAAUAAAAUAUAUUUGAUGGGAGAAUAUGGGGCUUCCAAGAAACGCUUCUGGGAAUCUAGAAAAGAGAAAAAGGAGAAGAUACUUUGAAUGGAGUUAUAUAAAUCCCACAUGAUGGUAGUGUUGUUGGAGCAUUUCAAAAGUGGCGCCGGCGGUGGUAGCAUCAUGGCCCCAGUCGGAUUGCCUCCCGGUUUCAGGUUCCACCCCACCGACGAAGAGCUCGUCAACUACUACCUCAAGAGGAAGAUCCAAGGCCAAGAAAUCGAGCUCGAUAUCAUCCCCGAAGUCGACCUUUACAAAUGCGAGCCCUGGGAGCUCGCAGACAAGUCUUUCCUACCAAGUCGGGACCCGGAGUGGUACUUCUUCGGCCCUAGGGACCGGAAGUACCCCAACGGCUUCCGGACCAACCGGGCUACCCGGGCGGGCUACUGGAAGUCCACCGGGAAGGACCGCAGGGUCACGAGCCAGAACCGGGCCGUCGGAAUGAAGAAAACACUGGUUUACUAUAGAGGAAGGGCCCCACAAGGGAUAAGGACUGAUUGGGUUAUGCAUGAGUAUCGGCUUGAUGAUAAGGAGUGGGAAGAUGUUUCUGGAAUCCAGGACUCCUACGCGUUAUGCCGUGUUUUCAAGAAAAACGGGCUGUGCUCUGAAGUAGAAGAGCUAGGGCAAUCUAGUAGCAUACCGUUGCUGGAUCAUUACAUGCAAGGGGCCUCCAACGAGCAUGAGACAAUGUCGCCCGACUUCCCCUUGGCAUCAUCUUCCACUAUCUGUAUGGAAGAAGAAGAUAAAGAUGAUAAAGAUGAGUCAUGGAUGCAGUUCAUUACAGACGAUGUUUGGUGUUCGUCUAGCGCAACAUUUGGUGGCGAAGAGGUGUCUCACAUGGGUUUCACAAGCUAAUGAGAAAGGAUUUAACACAAGGGGGCUCAUUAAUAAUAUCAAAUAUAAAUACAUUGAAUCAUCUAAUUCAUAUUUUUUUACAAAAAAAAAUAUCAUGAUUUUAAAGAAUGUUUCAAGUUUCAUCAUGAAUUACUCUGAUCAUCUCUAAUUGUACUUAGAUUUUUUUCCCUUCAUUUCUUUUUGGGUGGUGUAUUCUCUGUACAACCAGGUUAUCUUGUGGUUUUUCCCAUUUUACUAAGGUUUCUUCAUUGGGUUUCACUAGUGUAAUAAAGGGCUUAUUUUCUA